CCUCGAUUAACACCGAAAGCAAAACACACUGUCUAAUACAUAACUCUUUUUGUUUUUUUACUUAAUCGAUAAGAUUCUUUUUAUAAAAUCAGAAAAAGAAAAAACACACAAUUCAAUCUUGAGACUGUAUCAAGAAACUUCAAGAUAGGUAAAAAUGAGUUUUUUUCAGAUCAAAGACUUCAAGAAAUGGAGCGAAACCAUCUUCGUAUAAUGGACAAGAACAAGAAGACGCCAUGUACUCAUCGAACAGAACAGUGAGUGAUGAAGUGUUACUAAAGAUUGAUGGAUGCAGAGCUCAUCUCAUCGACGGAUCCGAAGCGGUGGAGCUCGCCGCCGGAGACUUCGAGCUUGUUCAAGUUUUUGACAACGGUGUGGCUUUAGCUAUGGUCGUGAGGAUUGGAAAUGACUUACAAUGGCCGGUGAUUAAAGACGAGCCAGUGGUGAAACUCGAUUCACGUGACUACCUGUUCACGUUGCCGGUUAAAGACGGAGAGCCACUUAGCUACGGGGUCACCUUCUUCCCCAUCGACGAAAACGACGUCGUUUUCUUGAACAGUGUCGAGUUGUUAGACGAUUUCUUGAGAGAGAACUCGUGUUUCUCUUCGUCUUCGUCUUCGUCUUCUUCUUCUUCUACGGGUGUUAAGAAUCGAAUAGAUUGGAAAGAGUUUGCGCCUAAGGUUGAAGAUUAUAACAAUGUUGUGUCUAAAGCUAUAGCAGGAGGUACAGGGCAAAUCAUUAGAGGGAUGUUUAAAUGCAGUAAUGCUUACACUAAUCAGGUUCAUAAAGGAGGUGAGGUUAUGAUUACAAAGGCUGAGAAGAAGAGUGGUAAGUCGUCACAAAGACAAGUAACCACAAACAAGAAUCAAAUCAAUAAGAAUCUUCAUCGAGUGAGGAGAUUGUCGAGAGCGACCGAGAAAUUGAGCAAGACGAUGUUGAAUGGUGUGGGAGUGGUGAGUGGCUCGGUGAUGGGUCCAGUUGUAAAGUCUAAGCCAGGGAAAGCUUUUUUCUCAAUGGUACCAGGGGAGGUUCUUUUGGCUUCACUUGAUGCUCUUAAUAAACUACUAGACGCUGCUGAAGCUGCAGAGAGACAAACUCUUUCUGCUACGUCCAAGGCUGCUACCAAAAUGGUUAGCGAGAGGUUGGGUGAGAGCGCAGGGGAUGCCACGAGAGAUGUGCUAGGCACGGUGGGACACGCAGCCGGGACUGCUUGGAAUGUCUUCAAUAUCCGCAAAGCUUUCUCUCCUUCCUCGUCAGUCACAUCCGGGAUCCUAAAAAACGCUUCACGAAAGUGAGAUUUGUUCGAUUCUUAUCACUGGUCAGCGUUAUGUAUGUUUUCGGGUAUGGAUUAGUUGUAUAGGUAAAAAGAUCAGAGAUAAAAUGCCAAAAUGUGCGAAUGUGUAAUUUUAGUACCCUAUCAAAUAUUCGUCAUGUUGUUUCAAUGACAGAUUAAAUUUUCUUGAAACUUAUAUAAUCAAACAACUUAUUACUUUGCCAAUAUCAAAUAAUUAUACU